AAACAGACGCCACGCGGACCCAGAGCGACGCGGUUCCAAAUAUGGUAGGGCAAAUUUGAUGGCUUCUUGAUUGUGAUUGGUCAGUUACCCAAUUGACGGACAACUUCAACCCCGCACGCUCACUCGCUCACUAUUCCCCUCCGCGAGUUUCGUGUACCUCGGAAACAACAUGUCGGGCCGUGGUGGAAAAGCAGCCAAGAGAGCAAAGGCAGUGUCCCGGUCAGCCAAAGCUGGCCUUCAGUUUCCAGUGAGCCGAGUUCACCGUUAUCUGCGCCAAGCCACGCAUCAUUUUCGCAUCGCAUCUGGCGCUCCGGUUUAUCAAGCAGCCGUGAUGGAAUACUUGACCGCCGAGAUCUUAGAACUCGCAGGGAACGCCGCGCGAGACAAUAAGAAAACUAGGAUCAUUCCCCGCCAUAUUUUACUUGCAGUAGCUAACGACGAAGAACUUCAUCAAUUACUGAAAGGAGUAACAAUCGCCUCUGGUGGUGUUCUUCCUAACAUCCAUCCUGAACUAUUGAAGAAGAGAAAAGGUGGAAAACUUGUAUCACCAGAAGAAUUAAAACCAAAGAAACCCAAGGCUUCUUCAGCACCAAAAGCUGUAACUUCUGGUAAGAAGAUUGCAACCCCAACAAAGAAGGCCCCUCCUGCUAAGAAAGCACCAAUCUCGGCUGGUAAAGGCAAAAAGAAAGGGCCUGCUGCAAGAAAAGCAGCUGAAAAGUCUGGUCCUGGAGCUGGUUUCACUGUUCUCUCAGAGAAAACUCUAUUUUUGGGUCAAAAGUUGACAGUUAUUCAAGGAGACAUUUCAACUGUAGAGGCAGAUGCUCUUGUCCACCCGACCAAUGCAUCAUUUUAUCUUGGCGGUGAAGUUGGGUCAGUGCUGGAAAAAGCCGGUGGAGAUGAGUUCAAAGAAGAAGUCAAGAAACUGUCAGAGUCUCAUGGACAAUUAGAACUAGCGACAGCGGCAAUCUGUGAUGGGCACAACUUGCCGGCACAGUACGUGAUUCAUGUCCACAGCCCAACCUGGGGUAGUGAUUCCUCUGUAGACAAUUUGGAGAAAGCAGUCAAGAAUGUCCUGACUUUAGCUGAUGAGAAAAACAUCAAAACAAUUGCUCUCCCGUCUAUAGGAAGUGGCGCUAACAACUUCCCUAAGGAUACAGCCGCUCAGACCAUCCUGAAGGCCAUUUCCAACUACUUUGUCUCCGUCAUGGCAUCGUCUUUAAAACAGAUCUACUUUGUGUUGCAUGACAUGGAAUCCAUUGGUAUUUACACCAUGGAACUAGCACGUCUCGACUCUUAGGACUAGCUGUUGUUUGCUGUAGUGUCAAUUUUCUGUUGUUACCGAGAGGUCUGUUUGUAAGGAACUGCUAUAUAAGUUGAAACUGUCAGAUCUUCGUCCUGGCCAAAUGUACUUGGAAGUGAACUUUCAUCCAUCGUUAAUCAUCUGUACUUUGCUAAUGUCACACCAACUUAAGGCUAAGUUUCACAAAAAUUCCUGCAUGCUCACAUACCCAGUGAAUUGCCUUGAUUUAUUUCCAAAUUAUCCGUGCUAGCAUACAUGAAGUGUGUAGAAACCAGUUGAAGAUAAUGACAAGGCUGUGGUCUAAGAAAAAUUGCAAGGAGCUAAAGGUUCCUAACCAUGAAAUCCUGGCAAUCCUGGGAGCCCAGUGCUUAAGCUGUUAUGAAGUAGUAAGUUUUUCUAGUUGCCCAAAGGCAAAAGCCAGACGCCUCUGGCACCCAGGUGCUUCUAAAGCACAGCCCUGUUGAGAGAUUUGAUACCAGAAUCUCCCAGGGAGAAAUAGAUUAAGAUAUGUGGCUUGCAUCAAGAAUAAAAGGAUACUAGAGUCUCCAUUUAGUGGUGAAGUGGAGUUGACUCAUAGGCACAUUUGGCCAGGAAUUUUCACAUUUUCUUAACGUGAAGAACUUAAUCCUUGAACAUUUUUUGAUACUGUCUAAUCAGUUUCCAAUUCAAAUAGAAGACCCUGCAGCAUGAGGCAUGGCCUGUCCAUCCACACCCCUCCCCCCUUGAGUCAGUGUUGCAAUGAUAGCAAAACAUUGCUAAAAAAAUCUACAGGGAUUUGUGGAGGGUAAGGUGGACACUUAAACGUCACCACCCCUCCGCCUUCCUUGAACCAGUGUUGGUAAGGAAGAAGACAUUGACAGCAACAUUGAUUUGCGGAGGGAGGUGUGUGACAUUUUUGGCAACUGCUGUUGGCCUUUUACUACAGAUCUAUGUGGAGAAAAAAAGUUUUAAGUUAUGAAAUAAUGUCACAUUAAAAUAAUUUCCUUAGGAAAGUGACUAAAUUCUAGGCAAGGUGACUAUAAGCUAUCUUCCUUUAGUAGAAAGGAAUGAAGCAUAUUUGAAACCUAAUUUUUUAUGAAUCCAUGUGGUAGUGAUGUUUUCAUACCGAAAGUUGUCUAAAUUUUCGCUGUAAAGUUCCUUGGAAUUUUGACCUUUAUCUUACAUUGGCGUGUAAAGCUAAAGUUGAAGAUAUUUUUACUCAUAUGCAUUUUAUUUUCUUCACCAAAAACCCACAUUUCUCUUAGCCAUUUUUGUCAGGAUCUCCACUGUUUAAACAACACAAGAGAGAGACAAUAAAAAUCUCUGUUUAUGUUGA